GCACAAACCGACAACGUUGUCGGUGCGGCGCACCUAGAAGGCCGAGUAGGAUUGGCAUUCAGGAAGGACGUAUGACCGCCGAGGAAUGGAAAGUGUCAAAACUUCAAACAUUCGCAUUCACUUGAUCUACCGUCCUCUUAGCAUUCAGCGUCCGCUUCAGAAGCCAUGUGGGAAUCUAUUGUUGUGUAUACUAAGCUAAUAGGCUACAUCUUUACUAUUGCGGUCCGAAAUGUCUCGUCCUCAAUUCGCUAUGCCAUCCACGCGAAAACCUACAAAGCAGUGCCGAAGCCCCUGAAUGUGGUAGUCGUCGGUGCAUCGUUUGCAGGAUACCAUGCCGCCAAAGUCCUCGCAAAUUCUCUUCCUACGGGUUAUCGAGUGGUUAUCAUUGAGAAGAACACGCACUUUCAGUUUUCCUGGGUAUUUCCGCGGUUUUCUGUCGUCCCAGACCACGAACACAAGGCAUUCAUUCCAUACGGGCCUUACUUAAAAAGCGCUCCUGAUGGGUCCUAUCUAUUUCUUCAAGACAGCGUAAUCGAAGUUGCCAGAGAUGUGGUUCGGUUGAGGAGCGGGAAAGAGAUUCAAUACACUUAUCUAGUGAUGGCCACCGGCUCUCAAGGGGGCGUCCCCUCACGUCUGAAUGCCGAAGAAAAGUCAACUGGAAUGGAUGUCCUCCGUGGGCUCCAAGAACGAAUUCGGAAUUCAAAGGACCUUGUCGUGCUCGGAGGCGGUCCUGCAGGGGUAGAGCUGGCAACUGAUGCUAAAGAACACUACGCAACCAAGAACGUGACUCUGAUCCAUUCUCGAAUGCAGCUGUUAAAUGGGUUCGAUCCUAAGUUGCAUAACGUCGCCUUGAAAACGCUACAUGAGCUUGGGGUCAAUGUUAUACUUGGUGAGAGGCUAGGAAACAAGGCUGCAUUGGGUGACGAAGUGUCGUUGCAUACGGGGCAGAAGAUUCCUUGUGACUUGUUGGUGAAAUGUAUCGGUCAAACUGGGGCAACAAAGAGUAUAGCAAACCUCACUCCGUCCUGUUUGACCCAGUCCGGUCACAUCAAAGUUAAACCCACACUUCAAGUCACUGAUCCAGCAUUUCCUACGAUCUAUGCUGUGGGCGAUGUCGCAGAGUUGGGUAUAAACCGGAAUUCCCGUGCUGCCAUGCACCAGGCAACCGUGGCCGCCGAGAACAUUGUGAAUGCUAUUCACGAGAAGCCCCAGGCUGAGUACCGAUAUGAAUGGUGGCAGGACGGAAUAGAGCUCACGCUCGGUCUUACCAAGACGGUAGUCUUUCUGCGGGUCGAUGGUAGAGUUGCGCUCAUGCACAAGAGUGGUAAAGAAAUCGCCCUAGGCAGCGCCCGCUGUUGGAAGUUGUUGGGCGCAAUGCCGUAUGAUGAUCAACAGGAGUCAGAUUCGACAUAGGUGGCUUUGGUGACGAAACCCUGCCGACGACCCUCUUGGCUUAAUGGCGAGGAUGUGAAUGGAAGGGGAGGAGGAUAUGUUGUAUUGGCGAGAAUGCCAGGCUAUAUGAUUGAGAGUGAUAUGGUUGAGGGCAACGCUGGUGGAGGGAAGCAUUUUCGCUGUCAUUGCCAUCGACAGCCGUGUAGGACUUUUUACGCAUGACUCGGAACUUAUUCAACGCCCCUGCAUCUCAACUCCUCUUCAGAUCAGAAGCUAGGCCAGUAUGGGACCAGACGAGAAUAUAUCUUCGUGUCAACUCACGUCAAGACUUUUCAACUUUUACCUAGAGUGAAAAGCAGUCGCAUGGUUGACUGAUUCACUGAGAGAGAGACAGCAUU